AUGCCUUGGUGCAGAUGUGGUAUCCUACUGGUUCUCUGCAUCUGUCCUCUGACCUGCUUCACAGUGUCUUUCUGUCCUCCUGGCUGUUGCUGUCCUCGUCAAGGAUUUUUUGUUCUGUGCGAAUCGCUGGGCCUCAGAUCACUUCCUGGCUCAGUCCCUCUCAGUACGUCAGCUCUCUCUGUGGCCAAAAACCAACUUUGCAACGUGGACCACCUCCUCAGGCCCCUGUCUGGCCUGCAGGAGCUCAGCCUCAGUCAUAAUCUGCUUGCCCGGUUCCCUCGUGGCCUGCCUCCAAGCCUGGAGUCCCUUCUGCUGCAAGAAAACCGCAUCACUUACAUCACCUCAGGUGGCCUGAGACAUCUGGGGAACCUUACCCGCCUGGAUCUGGAGGACAACCAAAUCCGUGCCAUUCAGCCUGGGGCGCUUCAGGGCCUUAACAAGCUAAAGGUCCUCACACUGAAGGGAAAUAAACUCACAAGCUUGCCUCAAAAUCUCCCACCUUCUCUUACCCACUUAGACCUUUCAGCCAACUGCAUCUCUGCUUUGGACCUGCCCUCGUUGUCCAGCUUGGUCAACCUGCAGGUCCUGAAGAUCAACAGCAACUGCCUGCGUUCAGUCCCUGAGAGUGCUUUUGACAGCCUUCCACGUCUCAGAUCUGUGGACCUGACCAACAACCUGUGGGUAUGCGAGUGUGACAUUUUGUAUCUGUACCGCUGGCUGCUGAGUGGUCGAAUAAAGAUGGCCACAGACCUGGUUUGCACUGAACCGGUCCAUCUUGCUCACCGUCUGCUUUUAAACCUCUCUGUCAUGACUAUCUGUCCUCGUCUCCUGAAGCCAAAUCAAAGGACACAUCAUGUGGCACAAGAACAAAUCAUGGAAACCCUCCCAGUGGAGGCUUCAACACCUGGUUUCAGGAGUGUAUUAGAUGAGAUGCUGAUAUUGGGAAGCUUGGAAAAUGAUAUGUCACGAAAAGCAACAACUGUUGGACUUUAUAAAUCUGCUCCCAAAACUAGAAUAUUACCUGAACAAUACUCUUUAGAGAUGCUUAGCUACGAUGAGUGCUUAUCCCUGAAUAAAACACAAUCUGUAAGCCAGUCCAGUUUAAAAACCACUUCUAUACCUGAUGAGGAACAGAAGUGUAGAGACAAUGUGACAGGACGGUACCCUCAGACCAACUCCACCUCAACUGAAGGGACAGGACCUCUGCUUUCUACAAACAGAGUAGGACCCUGGCCCACUGCUGACCCACGGCCGUCCAUACAACAGGACACUGCCGUGGUCAUCGCCCUACUGGCUGUGUUAUGUGUACUAGUAGCCCUCCUAAUGGCAGCAGUGCUUCUCGUCCUGAAAAAGACACUCCUACGCCAACAGAGAGUGGCUCCACUUGAUGCAGGAUCUGGCAGAUGA